AUGUCCUCUCAGAAUGAGCUGUAUGACAAGUCCUGGACAGCAGCAUUAUCCACGUGGAGUUCAUUUCUGUACACGUGCUUCUUUGCCCUUGUGGCUGCCCUCGUUGCCCGGCAUGCCCUGGUCAAAAUUGAGCCUGCGGUACCCUUCUCGAUCGCAAUCCCACCACAACUAGCAUCUGACUAUCAAUGGGAAGUCAAGGGUAAAAAAGCCAAAGCGAGCGAUCCAGAGGUCAUCGGUUCGCGUAUCUACCCUCGAUGUCCAGCCGAUGGCCGAAGCCUUGGGCCUCCCAUCGACCCCGCGGACUCUUCCGAUAUCGAUGCGGCCAUAAUUGCUGCAGCUUCAGCACAAUUAAGAUGGGCCCAAACCACCUUCGCUGAACGACGACAAGUACUCCAGACCCUCCUGCGGUACAUCCUCGAUCAUCAGGAGGAAAUAGUCACUGCAUGUUGUCUUGACAGCGGUAAAACCAGGGUUGAUGCUUGCUUUGGCGAGAUUCUGGUCACUGUCGAGAAGUUACAAUGGACCAUCAAACAUGGCGAGAAGGCUCUACUGCCCUCCAAAAGACCCACAAAUCUGCUCAUGUGCUACAAGUCAAACACCGUCAUUUAUGAACCUCUCGGGGUGGUCGCGGCCUGUGUGAGCUGGAACUAUCCAUUUCACAACUUCAUAUCUCCAGUGAUAUCUGCUCUAUUCUCUGGUAAUGCCAUUGUGGUCAAACCUAGUGAACAGACAUGUUGGAGUACUUCGUACUUUCUCAAGCUCAUUCGAGGAGCCCUACAUGCAUGCAACCACAGCCCUAUGCUCGUGCAGAAUAUCAUUUGUCUUCCAGACGGUGCCGACUAUCUCACAAGACAUCCUGGCAUCUCUCAUAUCACAUUCAUUGGGAGCAAAGAUGUUGCACACAAGGUAUGUGCAUCUGCUGCAAAGGUCUUGACCCCAGUGACCGUAGAGCUUGGAGGUAAAGAUCCAGUUAUUGUCCAUGAUGAUGCGAAGACGAUAUCGAGGUUGCCAAAUGUCGCGUCGAUACUCCUGCGAGGAGUGUUCCAAUCUGCUGGCCAAAACUGCAUAGGCAUUGAGAGAGUCAUUGCACUACCCAAAAUCCAUGACAAAAUCCUCAGUCAUGUCCUCCCUAAAAUCCAAGGACUCAAACUUGGCUCGAUUCUCCUUUCCCCUCCUGAUUCUCCUGUCGACAUGGGGUCGAUGAUCUCAUCAAGCUCUUUCAUAAAGCUCGAAAAUCUGAUAGCUACCGCCGUCGCCCAAGGUGCUGUCCUUCAUUGUGGUGGGAAGCGCUAUAACCACCCCGACUUCCCCAACGGCACUUAUUUCCAACCCACACUGCUUAGUAACGUACGCUCAGAGAUGCAAAUCGCUCAAACCGAACUCUUCGCGCCGGUCUUCCUCCUCAUGAAAGCCGAUACAAUCGACGAAGCCGUGGAACUGGCCAACUCGACCAUCUACGCCCUUGGCGCCAGUGUCUUUGGGCACAACAGCCACGAUGUGCAAAAGUGCGUCCGAGGAAUCAAAGCUGGCAUGGUGGCCGUCAACGAUUUCGGAGCCUUUUACAUGUGCUCGAUGCCCUUUGGCGGCGUUAAGGCUUCGGGUUAUGGCCGCUUCGGCGGCGAGGAAGGCCUCAAGGCCCUCUCCAAUGUCAAGAGCGUCUGUGAAGAUGCGCCUUGGGCAAAGCUCUUAGGUAUUGGCACCCAGAUCCCACCAAAGUUGCAAUAUCCCGUUAGUCGAGACGGCUGGGAUGUCUGCAAGGGCGUGGUGGGCACGGGGUAUGCCAUCGGUUGGGCAGAAUGGGUGGGGAGUGUAACGGGAUUGCUUACUGCGCUUGUGAGAAGUGAUCGUUCGAUUGUGAGGAAAGCGACAGAUAAGAAUGCUGAGAGUCUCGAUCCGGAUACGAAGACGUGA